AAUCAUAGAAUACAUACAACACGUAGUGGUCUGCUUUUACACUCCAUUGGAACCCAAAGCCAUUAAGCAAAUUUAAAAAAGCAGUCGAAUAUGGAAUGUGAAUUAUUGUGAUUAUUUACUGUUGUGUUUUUCUUCUACAUAAAAUUCCAUUUCUACUUUUCGAAAUAUCAAAUUUUUUUUUGUUCUAUUAUGAUAUUUUCCAGAAAAUCAAAUUGUGACUUAAGUUCUGCCAGAUUUAAUCACGAAACAUGUCUAAAGUGCUAAUAAUCAAACAUUUACCAUCUAUGUUGUCUUCUGAGGACAAACAACAAUUAUUAAAACAUUUUGGAGCUGAGCAAGUUUGGGAAACUACGAAGAAACGUGACUAUGUGUUUGCUUCCUUUUCUACUCUAGAAAAGGCUAAAUCUUCAUUGUCACGUCUUCACCAACUAGAAAUAGCCAACAGACGGUUGGUUGUAGAAUAUUCUUUCGAAAAAGUACCAGUAGAACAAACUAAACACAAAGAGGACAUCAAUUCAUUAACUACAAACCUAAUAAAAGAAUUUUUACGUGCCCUUAAUGCAUGGAAUCCAUCAGUAGACUUUUACCAGCCGCCACCAACACAUAUUAAAUAUGAAUAUCCUAAAGUAACUUCUAAAACAGUUAUUAACAUCAUUCGCGCAUUAUUUACACACAAACCUUUUUAUAUUCAAACCUUACAUUUGAUGAAUAAGAUGUCACUCGAUAAUCCAUUUAGUGAGAACAGUACCGCAUUAGAUUUUUUUAAAGAGACAUUUCGAGAGUAUUUUUUUGACGAAAUACCUAUUCUUCCCCCGAGUGAGCCUGAAUCUGAAAUAUCAAGUGAUGAAACCAGUGAAAAGCAGAAACAACCUUUACCCUCAGUCACAAAGAGAAAACAGACUUUACCAAAAACUAGAAAGCGACCUGCAGCAGUGCUCUCUGCAGCAACAAUACCUAAAACAAAAAAACCUCAUAUUGUUAUAGACCAAAAAGAAGUAUUUGAAGGGACUCCAAUUAUUGUAGAGUCAAAAAAAAUAUCUUUAUUUGUAUCACAGGAUGCACUAGCUAAGAAAUCUGAAGAGCCUGAAGUUAUCGGUGAACUCGGAAAGUUCCAGAAAGAAGAUCAACCUGCAGAGGAUGUAGUCACAUCAUCAGAACCUGACCAACCAACAAUUACUAGAAAGGAAUUGUUAAAGAAUAGAAUUUCUUAUAGAGAUAUGAAAGUUCUGCCUGUCUUCAAAAAUUAUCACCCUGGAGAGUCAUCCAUGAGGUUGUACAUUAAAAAUUUAGCUAAAACCGUUACCGAACAAGAUGUAAAAAGAAUAUACAAACGUUAUGUGGAACACAUACCUGAAGAUGAGCAAAUAGGCUUUGAUGUGAGAGUGAUGCAAGAAGGAAGAAUGAAAGGGCAAGGCUUUGUUACAUUCCCCUCGGUAAGGAUAGCAGAGAAUGCUUUGAAUGAAACAAAUGGAUAUUUACUAAAAGAAAAACCAAUGGUUGUACAAUUUGCUAGGGCAUCUAAUAAAAAAACUAUUGAAUGAUACACUCUUUUACUUGAUUGUCUUUGUUGGACCAGAUACAACUGCUGUGAUUGCAAGA